GUAACUUUCUGCAAGAGUUGGGCUUUGUUUGUACUGAAUCCUUCAAUUUAUUCCUUUUUAGCAAAUGGAGGGUCUGCAUAGUCGACUGAAAGGUCAUUUGGAGAUUAUCGAACAACUUUGGAAUGGGGUGGACUACCAACAUCGAAACGUGGUUCAAGCGAGUGAAAUCGUCGAUAACUACAAGAAGCUGAAUCACCAAAGUCGAUGGGCUUUUGGAUAUGGUGUUCAUAAUAACUAUUUCGCCUUGUUAGCGCGAAAUUUUGAAAUCAGGCUGGAACGUUACCGACAAAACAUUGUGGAUAUUGAGGCUACCAUAACAUCAAUGUCAAGACAUAAGAACGUUGGACCCAAAGGUAUGAGAAUUGAUUACUGUACACCUUGUCCGUUGUGAGCCAUGGUACUCAUAACAGCACACGACCCCUGUAUAGAUGU